UAAAACUAAAACUAAAACUAAAUCACGAGAAGGAGAGAGGGGGCUAUCUUCUUAGACGGCCCUAUACGCAUCUUCCUCGAACUUUCUUCCUCUGUUUUUCUCUCACUCGUUGAUCUUCAUAUACAGAGGGGUCUUUGUUUGUUUGUUUGAUUUGAUUGUCAAUACCCAAGUCAAGGCUUGGUUCUUUCUGUUCGUUUCUGGGGGCUGGAAGUUGGGAGCUUGGGUGGUACAUGAAGAAGUUCUUUGGGUCAAUCAAAGGUUCAUCGGUUGAUUUUUCGUUUGGAGAGUCUGUUCAGAGUUAGAAACAGUCAUGAAUUUUCAGCAAGAGAAGAUAGUCAGGUUUCAGGAUUGGAAUCCAGAGAAACCUAUUGACCCACCAUAUUCUCCAAAUGAUGGAAUGCAGCGAGGAACUUUCAGAACAACAUUUAGCUCGGUUUCAUCUAAAUUUCAAAGACGCCUGGAAUCAGGUUCUGAGAGGAUUAAGAAGUCAUGGAAGUCCUAUUCGAUUGAUGGGGUUGUUGGUAAAAGCUUUUGUUCUAGAGUUCUUGAUCCGCAAGGGCAAUUCCUUCAAAAGUGGAAUAAGAUAUUUGUAUUGGCAUGUGUAAUUGCUGUCUCCCUGGAUCCUUUGUUCUUUUACGUCCCUGUGAUUGAUGAUGACAAUAAGUGCCUUGACAAGGACAGAAAGAUGGAGAUAACAGCUAGUGUUUUGCGCUCAUUCACCGACAUAUUUUAUGUAGUUCAUAUAAUUUUUCAAUUUCGUACUGGAUUUAUUGCUCCUCCUUCUCGAGUUUUUGGAAGAGGUGUUUUAGUUGAAGAUGCUUGGGCUAUUGCAAAGAGGUAUCUAUCCUCAUACUUCCUAAUUGACAUUCUUGCUGUCCUUCCUCUCCCACAGGUGGUCAUUUUAAUUUUUAUUCCGAAAUUGGGAGGCUCAGCAUCAUUGAAUACAAAGAAUUUGUUGAAGUUUGUUGUUUUGUUCCAAUACGUGCCAAGAGUUAUUCGUAUAUAUCCAUUGUAUAGAGAAGUAACAAGGGCUUCUGGCAUACUUACGGAAACUGCAUGGGCAGGCGCGGCAUUUAAUCUUUUCCUUUACAUGCUUGCUAGUCAUGUACUUGGAGCAUUUUGGUAUUUAAUUUCUUUAGAACGAGAAACCACAUGCUGGAAACAAGCUUGUGGAAUGAAUUCAACCAUAUGCUCCCGAAAGGAUUUAUACUGUGAUACCGGGGGGAGGCAUCCUAAUAAGACAGCAUUCUUAAAUUCUUCAUGCCCAAUACUAGAAGAAGAUAAAACAAAAUUUGAUUUUGGAAUAUUCCUUGAUGGUCUUCAAUCUGGUAUCGUUCAGUCAGACACAGACUUUCCUCAAAAGUUCUUUUACUGCUUUUGGUGGGGAUUACGGAAUUUGAGUUCGCUUGGUCAAAAUCUUGAAACAAGUACGUAUGUUUGGGAAAUCUUGUUUGCAGUCUUCAUUUCUAUUGGGGGCUUGGUGCUAUUUUCAUUUCUUAUCGGAAAUAUGCAGACAUAUUUGCAGUCUACAACUACAAGAUUGGAGGAGAUGAGAGUAAAAAGGAGAGAUGCAGAACAAUGGAUGUCCCACCGUUUGCUACCAGAGAAUUUGAGAGAACGCAUAAGGCGGUAUGAACAAUACAGAUGGCAAGAAACCAGAGGUGUAGAUGAAGAGAAUUUGAUCUGUAAUCUUCCGAAGGACCUUAGAAGGGACAUAAAGCGCCAUCUCUGCUUGGCUCUACUAAUGAGGGUGCCAAUGUUUGAGAAAAUGGAUGACCAAUUGUUGGAUGCAAUGUGUGACCGUCUCAAGCCAGUACUGUAUACAGAAGACAGCUACAUUGUUCGGGAGGGAGACCCAGUGGAUGAUAUGCUCUUCAUAAUGCGAGGCAAGCUAUUGACUAUGACCACAAAUGGUGGAAGGACUGGGUUCUUCAAUUCUGAAUAUCUCAAGGCCGGUGACUUCUGUGGUGAAGAGCUUCUCACAUGGGCUCUUGAUCCUCACACCUCUUCUAAUCUUCCCAUCUCAACUAGAACUGUCCAAGCCCUUAGUGAAGUCGAAGCCUUUGCUUUGAAAGCAGACGAUCUGAAGUUUGUAGCCUCCCAGUUUCGACGGCUUCACAGCAAGCAGCUCCGCCACACAUUCAGGUUUUACUCACAACAGUGGAGGACCUGGGCAGCUUGCUUUAUACAGGCAGCAUGGCGCCGUUAUAGUAAGAAGAAGCUUGAAGAGUCUCUGCGGGAAGAGGAGAAUAGGUUGCAAGAUGCACUUGCAAAGGCCGAGACUAGCUCCCCCAGUCUUGGUGCCACCAUUUAUGCCUCGCGAUUCGCUGCUAAUGUACUUCGUGCUGUACGGCUACGGCGCAGUGGCACACGCAAGGGAAGGGUGCCAGAGAGAAUACCGCCCAUGCUACUUCAGAAGCCAGCAGAGCCGGAUUUUACUGCUGAAGAACAAUAGGUAUAUAUAGAUAGGUUUCAAUUGAUUAUAAGCUUGGUUUUGUUGUGCCAAAAUGUAACAUGAACUAUUUAACUGAAAAUCAAGAAAAUUGUGACAGCACAAUGGUAGAAAGCCACAAUCAGUUCGUUGAAUGUAUUAGGUCUGUAAAGUAUAUUGUUGUAUAUGGCAAUGCCUGAUUGUUUUUCUGGUUUCACAAAACAUGCGAGAGAUUUUGCA